AUGCGAUUCUCCUGGCCUUCUUUUGCAGCUCUGGCUGCCAUCUCCUCCCUUCCCCUUGCAUUGUCCUCUGUCACAACACCUCUCCAUGAACCUGGUCGAUGCGCGAUCCGCGGCCAUUGUGGUAAACAGGGCUUCUUUGGAUCAGAUCUACCCUGUCCAGACAACGGCAAAGCCGCUCCUCCUUCUGAUACCGUCCGAGAAAAGCUAGUCGACUUGUGUGGACCAAAAUGGGCAGACACUGAUGUCUGCUGCGAGGAGGAACAAGUGGACGCAUUGAAGAAGAAUCUGAAUCUGGCUGAGAGGGUCAUUGCAUCGUGUCCGGCUUGCAAAGAAAAUUUCUUCAACCUCUUUUGCACCUUUACUUGUUCUCCCAAUCAAUCUUUGUUCGUCAAUGUCACUGAUACAGGCAAAGCUUCGAACGGAAAUGAUGUGGUGACGGAACUGGACAAUAUAUGGUCCAAACAAUAUCAAAGCGGCUUCUACGAUAGCUGCAAAGAAGUCAAGAAUGGUGCAAGUGGCGGAAAGGCUAUGGCGUUCAUAGGGGGGGGUGCCCAAAACUACACGGAGUUCCUGAAAUUCCUUGGUGACAAAAAGCUGCUUGGGAGCCCCUUUCAGAUCAAUUUUCUGGAAGAACCUCGAUCUGAGGACAGUCAAGGAAUGACGGCAGAGGAUCCUCGAUCGUACGCAUGCAACGACACGGAUCCGAAUUUUCGGUGCAGUUGUGUCGACUGUCCGGAAGUCUGCCCAACGUUGGAGCCCGUCAGUUCAGUCAAGUACUGCCAUGUUGGAAAACUUCCUUGUUUAUCGUUCGCGAUCAUCAUCGUCUACUCCAUAUGCCUGCUGCUUCUCGUCACCGCCAUCUCCGGGCAUGCAGCAUAUCGGAGACACAAGCAAUGGAAGAGUGAGAGACUUCAAUUACUGCAAGAUACUGCGCCAAGCGAUGACGAAGACGAGGGCGAUCUUGUUGAUAAUGCCGGGAUGCUGGAACGACCCCAGAGAAACUACUAUUUGAACCAGAUACUUGACCGCGCAUUCAACACUUUGGGCGGAUUUUGUGCGCGAUAUCCGGGGGUGACCAUCGGCACGAAUAUCGUGAUUAUCGGUCUCCUCAGUCUGGGUUGGCUGAGGUUUGACGUUGAAAAGGACCCUGUCCGCCUUUGGGUCAGCCCAACUUCCGCUGCCGCCCAGGAUAAAGCAUUUUUUGAUACACACUUUGGCCCAUUUUACAGAUCGGAACAAGCAUUCCUGGUAAAUGACUCGGCACCAGACAGCUCCGUUUUAAGCUACGAAAAUCUUGGCUGGUGGUUCGAUAUUGAACAACGAAUUUCACGCGUGAUGAGCCCUGAGAAUGGUAUCACCUUGAGCGACGUUUGUUUCAAGCCCACCGGUUCAGCAUGUGUUGUUCAGUCCGUCAGUGGAUGGUUUGGAGCUGGUUUGACCAGUGAUUGGAAAGAGCAACUCGAACUUUGUGCUGCACAUCCCGGAGAUCAGAGAUGCUUACCAGAGUUCAUGGAUCCGCUUCAACCUAGUCGCGUCCUGGGAGGCUAUAAUAGCCUUGACGAUAUCGUUAGCUCGAAAGCAUUGAUCACAACCUGGGUCGUCAAUAAUGACCAGCCCGGCACAGAAGGAGAGGCUAGGGCCGAAGAAUGGGAGCGUACGCUUAAGCGUGAGCUGCUGAUAUCUCAAGAUUCCGCCAAAUCUCGAGGUUUACGAUUGUCAUUCAAUACCGAAAUCAGUCUGGAGGAGGAGUUGAACAAGUCGACCAACACGGAUGCGAAGAUUGUGGCCAUCAGUUAUGUUGUCAUGUUCUUAUAUGCAUCCCUCUCCUUGGGCUCAGCCAGUCUUUCCCUGAGAUUGCUCCUCAGCAACCCAUCCAAUGCGCUUGUCCAGUCCAAAUUUACUUUGGGCGUUGCGGGAAUUAUCAUCGUCCUGAUGUCGGUCUCUGGUUCGGUGGGUUUGUUCUCCGCGGCCGGUGUGAAAGUCACCCUCAUCAUCGCAGAGGUCAUUCCAUUUUUGGUCCUCGCCGUUGGAGUUGACAACAUUUUCCUUAUCGUUCAUGAGUUUGAACGCGUCAAUAUCAGCCAUCCGGACGAAGAGGUCGAUGAACGUGUCGCAAAGGCGCUUGGAAGGAUGGGCCCCAGUAUUCUCUUGUCGGCGUCCACUGAGACGGUUGCAUUCGCAAUGGGCGCGUUUGUGGGGAUGCCUGCAGUCAAGAAUUUUGCGGCAUAUGCCGCCGGCGCAGUUUUUAUCAAUGCAUCAUUGCAAGUCACCAUGUUCGUGUCAGUGUUAGCCCUCGAUCAACGCCGUGUGGAGAGUCUGCGAGCAGAUUGCUUCCCAUGUGUGACAGUAAGGGGAGCCAACUCGGUCAGCAUGCCCGGCGGCCCCUUCUUUGGCGGUGACGAAGAGGGUUGGUUGCAGCGUUUCAUCCGCAAAGUCUACGCCCCGAUGUUGUUGGACAAGAAAGUCAAGACUUUUAUUCUGACAUUUUUUGUCACGCUUUUUGCUGCAGGCAUCGCCCUGAUUCCAAAGGUGCACCUUGGACUCGACCAACGUAUCGCAAUCCCUUCAGAUUCGUACAUGAUUCAAUAUUUCAAUGAUUUGUAUGCCUAUUUUGGAUCGGGACCGCCCGUGUACUUUGUCACGCGCAAUCUCAACGCAACAGAGAGACACCAUCAACAACAGCUCUGUGGCAGAUUCACGACUUGCGACGAAUAUUCUCUGGCUUAUAUUUUGGAACAAGAGUCAAAGCGUCCAAAUGUCAGCUAUAUCCACUCCGCUACCGCCAGUUGGAUUGACGACUUUUUCUACUGGCUCAAUCCCAUUUCAGAUUGCUGCAAAGACGAAAAUGGGGAAACCUGUUUUGGCGAAGGGGAAUGGAAUAUCACACUGUCUGGCAUGCCCGAAGGGGUUGAAUUCAUCGAGUAUGCCCAAAAGUGGGUUCAUGCUCCAACCGAUGAAGAAUGUCCGAAUGGAGGGCAAGCUGCCUACUCAAAUGCGCUGGUCAUCGACAAGAAUCAUACCGACGUCCCGGCCAGCCAUUUCCGUACUUUCCACACCCCAUUACGAGGACAAGACGACUUCAUCAACUCCUAUGCUGCUGCGAGGAGAAUUUCUGACGAUAUCUCAGAGCGUCACGACAUUGAUGUGUUCCCAUACAGCAAACACUACAUCUUUUUUGACCAGUAUAGCAGCAUCAUUCGCUUGACCGCUACCCUCCUCGGCGUGGCAGUGGCGAUCAUAUUCAUCCUAGCUUCAUUGCUAUUGGGUUCAUUGCUAACAGGAGCCGUUGUGGCAGUUACCGUCAUUAUGAUUGUGGUAGAUAUCGUUGGUGUUAUGGCGGUCGCAAAUGUGUCACUCAACGCUGUGUCACUGGUCAACUUGGUCAUAUGCGUGGGCAUCGGAGUCGAAUUUUGUGCACAUAUUGCUCGUGCAUUCAUGUUCCCCAGCAAGCCAGUCAUGGAGCGAGCAAGGCAUAAAUUCCGUGGCAAAGAUAUUCGAGCUUGGACAGCAUUGGUAAACGUGGGCGGUAGCGUCUUCAGCGGCAUCACGAUCACCAAAUUCCUGGGCGUGGCUGUGUUGGCAUUCACCCGGAGCAAGAUCUUUGAAAUCUACUAUUUCCGCGUCUGGUUGGCACUGGUGAUCUUCGCGAGCUCGCACGCAUUAGUGUUUUUGCCGGUGGCAUUGAGCUUUUUGGGCGGAGAUGGUUAUAUUGAUCCCGGAAGUGAGGGUGGACUGGAGGAGGAUUUAGCCAGCCGUCGAUAUCGCAGCCUCCUACCCGAUGACGACUACUAUGACUCGGACGAUGAAUACUAG